AUGGAUCGAUACUGGGAAGCCAAUCUCUGGCAACCAACCAUCGUCACGACGGAGGAAGUUUGCAGCAAUUCGUCCCCUUGCACCUCAAAGUCAGAAGUCGAGAGAUGUCGCGAGAAUCUGAGGGAAUGCACUAAAGUCCUAGCUCUUUUUCCCUACACGCCAUCUCACUGGAGGAAUCGAUCUGCAGUUCUUUUGGAAUUGGGAUAUCCGGAACUCGCUGCGGCAGAUGCUUAUAAGGCGCUUAUUUUGACGACAUAUGUAUUUGAUGGGAAGUAUCUCGGCCUCGAGAGUGUGGCUUGA